AUGGAAAGCAUUUCAGAAAUUCCUACACAAGAUACCAUUCAACAAAACCAAACAAUGGAACGUUUCAUACUACCAAAAUCUAAAGAAGGCAUUAUUGCUUCAACAAGAGAGAAAGCUAGAAAGAGACAGGCACUUUGUCGUAUCAAGAAAAGGAACGAGCAAAGUCUUAUUCCUACAACAUCCAACCAUCUUGAAGAUACUGGAAAUAAACAAUUUGCUUCAACAUCCAAUCAUCUUGAAGAUACUGAAAAUCAAGAACAAGUUGAACAUUACUGCAAAUUUAAGAAUUGCUGUCAUAAGGGGAAAGUUAAGAUACCAUCAAUCCGAUAUAUUCCUUUUUUACAAGACCUUUUAUCUAAUCCUAACAAUGAAUUUCAUUCAAACUUUAUGAAAUAUAUAAGAUCUUAUAAUAGUUCACUUGCGUUCGCAUCCAUGGGAGCACAGAUUUCUAAUAGUUUAAACCCAGGCCCAUAUUGUUUUAGAGUUCAUGGGCAAAUUUAUCACCGAACAUCUCAUUUAUAUCCUUCCACUGGGAUGCCUCCUAAAUUUGCACAACUAUAUGUCCUUGAGACCACCCAGGCUGUUAAUGGCAGGUUACACAUGAAAGAAAAUUCUGGUUGCAAUGAGGAUCUCUUAAAAAGAUUAGAUAUUUUAAUAAGACAGAAUAACCCAUUUUCUAUUAGUUUUAAAACCUUGGGAGAAAUUGAGAAAGAAGAAAAAAAUAGGGCUAUUCAAGAAAAUCCUCCAGUUCAAAAAAUCAAUAUGAUUUUUCGUGCAGAUCGCUCAAGUGACAAGCGAAGAUAUAACAUUCCUAAUAUAGAUGAAGUAGCUAUGAUUUUUACAAAUGAUGAUGGUGAACCCCCAUUUAAACGGGAUAUCAAGGUCUAUCCUCGAGUUGAUGGUAGUGAUCUGAUAAAUAUAUUAAGCCCUAAUCUUGAUCCAAUGGUAUAUCCUCUAUUAUUUCCUUUUGGUGACCCUGGUUGGAAACCAGAUUUAAAGGGUGAAGAUACAGGUCGUACAAGGGCAAAUAUCUCACUACUACAGUUUAAAAUAUUUAGAUUAGGAAUUCGUGAAAAUGAAUUCAACCCAAUCCUUUUUGCUGGGAAAUUAUCACAACAAUAUAUUGUUGAUUCCUAUUUACAGGUCGAGGCGAAUAAUUUAAAUUUUAUUAGACAAAAUCAGCCAAAAUUACGAGUAGAUGAAUAUUCUGGAUUAAUGGACUACUUGGAAACAAAGUCAAACAAUAUAAUUCCCGGCAAAGCAGUAAUAUUACCAUCAUCUUUUCAAGGUUCUCAAAGAAAUAUGCGAGAACGCUAUCACGAUGCAAUGGCCAUUGUGCUCAAAUUUGGCAAACCUGAUUUGUUUAUUACUUUUACAUGCAAUCCUAAUUGGCGUGAAAUUAAGGAAAAUCUAAAUCCCGGGCAAAGUCCUACAGAUAGACCAGAUUUAAUAGCCCGUGUUUUUAAAUUGAAAUUAAAUGAAUUAUUGUUCGAUAUAAAUAAAAAAAAUUUAUUUGGUAAAUCUAUGGCUUUUAUAUAUACAAUCGAGUUCCAAAAAAGAGGUUUGCCUCAUGCCCAUAUACUUAUUAUUUUAAACGAUGAUAGCAAAAUUGAAACAUCUCAAGCUAUAGAUAAAUUUGUUUGUGCCGAAAUGCCAGAUAAAAUUCUCGAUCCUAAACUUUUUCAGAUUGUUACCCAUUUUAUGAUACACGGUCCUUGCGGGAUAUUUAACCCCAAAUCGCCUUGCAUGGAAAAUGGCAUAUGUACCAAAAAAUUUCCGAAGGAUUUUCAAAUGGAAACAAGACCAAAUAUUGAUGGGUAUCCAUAUCAUAAAAGGCGAGAUAAUGGUAUUACAAUUCUUUCCGGUAAACCUACGGAUAAUCGUUAUGUUAUUCCAUAUAAUCGAUAUCUAAUGUUAAAAUUCAAUGCUCAUAUUAACGUGGAAAUUUGUACAUCUAUUAAAUCGGUAAAAUAUAUCUUUAAGUAUAUUUAUAAGGGCUAUGACUGUACUAAUGUUGACAUUAAUGUUGCUUCAAAUAUAAAUAUUCAUGACGAAAUUAAAUCACAUUUAAAUGCGCGAUAUGUGAGUGCAUGUGAAUCAAUGUGGAGGUUAUUAGAAAAUAAUAUGCAUGACCGCUCGCACGCUGUUAUUCGCUUAGGAAUUCAUUUACCUUUACAACAGCCAGUAUAUAUCACUGCUGGACAUGAAAGAGAUGCUUUAUUGAGAUCAGAAAAUAAACAUACUACUUUAACGGCAUGGUUUGAGUUAAAUAAGACAGAUCUAAAUGCUAGACAAUAUCUUUAUGGGGAAAUACCUUAUCAUUAUGUGUUUACAAAUUACCAUUGGAAACUAAGAAAAAAACGAUUAAAUGUAAUUUCAAGAAUGUAUUCCGUUCAUCCUAAUUCUGGUGAACGAUUCUUCCUUCGAUUAUUAUUACUUCAUGUUUGCGGGGCUACAAGUUUUGAUUAUUUAAAAAUUAUUAAUGGAAUUUUAAUGAGUACUUUUAAAGAGGCAGCUAUUAAAAGAAAUUUGUUAUCAGAUGAUAAAGAGUGGGAAUCAUGCUUAGAAGAGGGAUCAAUAUAUCAAAUGCCGUCACAACUUCGGAGUACUUUUGUCUUUAUCUGCAUUUUUUGUCAGCCUGAAAAUCCUGCAUAUCUAUGGAAUAGGUUCAGAUUUAUGAUGAUUAAAGAUUAUUUGCGUCAAUAUUCAGAAGUAAUUGCAAUAAACAUGGCUUUAAUGGACAUUGAAAACGUUUUUCUUGAUCAUGGUUUAUGCUGUCAAAGUUUUGAUCUUCCUUCACCUACAAAAAUCCCCCCAAAACAACAUUAUGAUGCUCAUGUUGAAGCUGCCGAUUCAAUCGAGCUUAUAUCUAAAUUAAACCGAUUACAAAAAUAUGCUUUUGAUUUAAUUAUACAAGCGAUUGAAUUAGAAAAUAUUCCAGAAAGAUAUUUCUUCGUGGAUAACCCUGGAGGUUCAGGUAAAACGUAUCUUUACAAUACCUUAAUGUAUUAUAUAAGAGCAAAAAAUCAAAUUGUAUUGCCUUUUGCAACCACCGGCAUAUCCUCUAUUCUUUUAAAGGGGGGAAGAACCAUCCAUAGCGGAUUUAAAUUACCUGUGCCUAUCUUUGAAACUUCUACAUCCCAUAUGAAUUUACAUAGUUCGCUAGCUCUAGAUAUUAAAAAUAGCAAAUUGAUUAUUAUUGAUGAGGCCACAAUGAUGACUAAACACGCUUUGCGAUGCAUUGACCGAUUACUUAAAGACAUUAUGAAAAAUUCCCACCCAUUUGGCGGAAAUGUAAUUUUAUUAGGUGGUGAUUUUAGACAGACUUUACCAGUAGUGCUUAAAGGCUCCAAAGUCGAUAUUAUAGAGUCCUAUCAAGUUGAUUACAAUGCUUGGUUACUUAAAAUUGGAGAUGGGCUAUCACGCAGCAAUUCUGAUCUUCCUACAAAUAGUGUUGAAAUCCCAUCUUAUUUGCUUGAAAAUGAUUCAUUAAUAAAAUGUGUAAAUGGUAAUUCUAUAGAAAUUGCUGAUAUAGAUAGUCUUUCUACUAAAAUAAUAUUAACCACCAAAAAUGAAAUUGCACUAACCCUCAACAACGAUAUCAUUAAUAUAAUUUCAGGCCCUAUCAAACAUUAUUAUAGUGCAGAUUCCAUUGAAAGCGAUAAUAAGGAUGAUAUAAUGAAUUUUCCACUAGAAUUUUUGCAUUCACAAACUCCAUCCGGUAUGCCACCUCACAAGCUAACACUUAAGGUUGGUACAAUUGUUAUGCUAUUACGCAACUUGAGCCCAAAGAAAGGACUUUGUAAUGGUACCCGUUUAAUCAUACGACAUUUACAUAGUAAUUUUAUCGACGCUGAGGUAUUGACAGGCAAUAAUAAGGGUAAUCGAGUUUUUCUCCCACGAAUAGAUCUAGCUCCAAGUGACUCUCAAUUACCAUUUACUUUAAAAAGACGACAGUUUCCUAUAAUUCCCGCUUUUGUGAUUACAAUAAAUAAAAGUCAAGGACAAACUUUUGAUCAUGUAGGCUUAUUCCUCCCUGAGCCCGUUUUUGCCCAUGGACAACUAUAUGUGGCUCUUACUAGAUGUAAAUCUCAAAAUAAUAUGAAAAUUAUGAUUUUGCCAUCAGAAUUACAAGGAAAAAUUUAA